AUGAAAAGAAUAACAAUUAUUUUAAUUAAUUUUGUUUUAUUUUUUAUUUCUUUAUUUUUAUUUUCUUUAUUAAUAAAUGCUGAAUUGAGUAAAAAUAACGAAAAAAUUUCUUGGAUUGUUGGUAAAUGGCGUUCAGAAUUUUCUGGAAAAGUUGUUUGGCCAAGUAUUCCAACAAUGACUUUUGGAGAAGAAUUAAAUAUACAAGAGGCUCCAAUGGCUGGAACUUCUGGGGUACAAUUCCUUAAUUGGAGUGCUCGUGCCUGGUCACAUUCCACAAAAGACCAUUUCCACGAUGAAUGGGGAUUUAUUACAGUAGAACCAAAUGGGAAUGCAACUUUAAUGACGGCAGGGAAUAACGGUUUUACUACUUAUGAAGUUGGAGAAGUGACUAGAAAUAAAAUGAUUUUAACUUUAAAAGAUAUUGGAAGGAUUUCAUUUUCGAGGGAUUUACCAGUAGAAGAUCUUCGGAGAACUUUUAUUAAACAUGAUGAUACCUAUAUGGAACAAAUUUUGGAAAUGAGAACAGCAACACACCCUAGACUAGGAUAUUUAGAACAUACAAGAGUUGUUUAUACAAAAAUUGUUUAG